UCCUUCCCCAAAUGUGCUGCAUUUGGGAAACAAUAAAAUAAUUCUAUAAAACAUGUAUUUCUUGAGAUUUAUAUUUGCAAUGCUAAUAACUGUACUAACUCCAAAAGUGGUCGAAUCGUGUCCAGGGAUACCUAAUGUGUGUAAAUUCAUUGAAAAGUACGAUAUAUAUAGGAAAAGUAAAAUUAUAGUGUUCCCUGAUUACAAAUUCUUCUUAAAUACAAAAAUAUAAUAAAUGAAAUUGCUGUUCUGUGUGGAUUUCAUCACAUAUAGCUGCUUUGACAUGUUGCUCAGCUAGCCUCUGGUUUGUGGUAUUUAGUUCCAUAAGUGGUACAGAUAAUGGUGACUCUGUCAUUGAUAUGGCACCUUUAACUGAAGAUAUUAGUGCAAAGCAACCAACUUAGAAAAGCUGUACUCUUAUUUUGUGUUGGUUGGAUAGUUGGCUUAAAUAACCUAAUUGAGGUCACGGUACGUGAAAGGGUUGCCGUUUACAAAUAGGGCUUUGUUCUUUCGCAGAGAAAGCUGCAGUGGAGCUAGCAGCAAUCCUUUGAGCUCUCAUGGGUGCUAAAAAAAGACCCACAGGUCAGCCCACGCAUAUAAACAAAGCAAGCGCUUCAUUUUAUUUACUUUUUUUAUAAAGUGAUCUUUGUGUGCGUUACAAAGAUCACAUAUUGAAUUUGUCUGGUUUACAGGUGCCGCACUUCUCAGUGUCUCAAAUGUAGCAACUAUCUUUUCUUUUAUGUUCUUCCAGUUUGAGAUUUUUAGGCUGCUUGAUUUAACAAUUCAGAAGGAAGUCGGCCUCUAACCGCACCUUCCCUACCUGUUCCUGAUGCCGAAAACGGAUAGCUGGCCAAUGAACGGCAUCACCAGAUUGAGUGGCACAGGUAGUUGUGACAGUAUGGCCAGCCUCAGCUCAAGCCAUUCCACCAUGAGUAAUGAAAGCUUGGAGUAUCUGUCUCCUGAGGAGAGAGCGUGCCUUAUGUUUUUAGAGGAAACCAUUGACUCCUUGGAUACAGAGUCGGACAGUGGAUUGUCAAAUAGUGAGAGCGAUGGAGUUGACUUAGGAAGGAGCAAGUUCAAGGAUGUUUAUGGAAAUAGUCACACAGCAGCAUCACCCCAGGGAAGCAGAAGCAGUCUCCAGUCUGACUUAUUGGUGUCUGGGAAGAAAGCUGAUGCAGUAAGCACCAGGGAUACUUCCUCUUCUAAAAUGCUUCCAACCUCCAGUGAAUUAACUGAAAGGGACCAUUCUUCAGGUGGAAAACCAAAGAUCACAACUCGAGAGUUAAGUCGCAAUGCAUUGAAUGUGUCAGAUGUUAUUCCACCACCACCACCACCAUUUUUUAGAGAUAAUGUGGAGAAAGCAGUGAUAAACGAAAAUAUUCAGAGGUCACCUUUUUCCAAAGAGCUGCACCAAAAACCCCAAGAGAUUUCAAAUGUUUCUUUCAACAAAAGUGAAGUCUUGGCAAAGCGGACCAGUGUUGCUUCCAGCCAACCUUUGACUUUAGAAGGACUAAGUAGAUUAAGGGAGCGAGCAAGUAUCAAGAAGCCUCCCCCAAAUCCAGCAGAAAUAAACAAAGUCCUCCCCACUCAAAACAUAACCGUAUCUACUCUGCCUCCAGGCCUCAGUGUAAAGGAAUCUGUGGCUCCUAUUUCUAUGGCUUCAGUUGCUCCUCAUAAAAAGGAAGAAGCCCAUGAACCUCAGACAAGGAGCCCCCCACCUACUGCUCCAAAGCCAAAGAAAUUCCCUCCAAAUAUACAGUUAAAUACAUCAAUAGGAACUGGACAUUUAUCAAACCAUGAAAUCCACAGCAGAGCAUGGAAAGAGCAAACUAGCCCAAAUCUGGGAUCCCCAACUGAGGGUAUUCCAAAACCAUUAGCUACUAGUGACCCACAAAAAUCAAGAAUUGAAGCCCUAAAGAAACUUGGAUUACUUAAACAGAACUCUGAUUCACAGCUGAAAGCAGAGCUUGGCCACCCUCUGAAACAUCACAGGUCAAUGGAGGCUUUACCUGUUGGACAGAUAUCUCUUGGAGACUUUCCAAAGCCCAAGCCAUUGCCCGAAGGCCGUGUAGACAAUGCAGAGACAGAGUUCUCACAUAGUCACAGUAUGCGCCCUCGCUCAGGAACAGACCUGCGUACAAUCAAACAAGAAAACCUUUUUUUCAGCAAGUCUGCAAACUUCAAAUCUGUAACCCUGGAACGCUCAGGAAUGGGUCUGGCCAGCUACAUGGCUAAUAAAGCGAACCAGACCAACCCUCCUAAAACUAACUCCACUGCUGCCAAACCUGUUUCAGAUACUUCAUUGCAAAGCUCCCUCCGGAACUCCAGACCUCGCCCAGCCUCCCUUGGAAAUGGAAAGGAUUUUGACCUUCAGGAAGGGGACAUACAAAAAGAGGAGAUGAAGUUGAACUCAAAAAUAGUAAGGAAAUCUUAUCCUGCUCCACGAGUCCCUGAAAAGACGCAGCAUUUUCUGACUAACAGUAUCCAGAUCACGCCAAAAACUUCAACAGAAGAGGAUAGGAAGGUAGCUCUGAGAAAGCUCGGGUUGUUGAAAGACUGAGAGAUUUCUAGGAAAUUGGAAUUGUAUUUAUUGUAAAGUAGCCACAAUUUAAAUAAAUCACUAUUUUAAUAAAAGUACUUUCAAGGACCAAAGAAAUAUGAGAUAUACCACCUGAAGUAUAAUCUAAAUCUUAAUGAACUUGACCAUUUUGGUUUGACUAUUUUGAAGGGGUAACCAGCAUGUUAUGACUGAGAUGUUGGAUUUCUGCUGCUAGUGGAUUACUGUAACGUGAAGAAACCUGCUGAGUAGAAGCAAUUGGGUUACUUUUUGUUUCUUGUUCUGAAACUCUGUGUUCCAACUGUUGGAAAAUGUGACAAUUUCAAGUUCAGCUAGAUUUUACAUUUUGUUUGUCAUUAUACCCUCUUACUCCUCCUUGGUUGUACGUGAAAACCCUUUGAUUGGGGAGGGGGUGGAAUCAACAGCAUUUGUCCAUUUUCUUGUACAGUAUGUUUCUUUUGCAAUUUAAAUGUGUAUUUUUCCAGUACUUUGCUUUGAAUAUUUUCCCCACUUUCUAUAAAGCAAGGUUUUUCUUGACAUUUAUCACAGAAGCACAUCUACUAGUUUAACAUUAAAGGGGUUAAUAUGAUUUUUAAUGGCACCUGCAAUAAAACAAUGUGACUUUCGUGACUGUAAAAUAUAAUCAAUAUUGUAAAGCUAAAAGCUGUAAUGAAAUCCCCCUGCUGUAAAAUAUAAUCUGUAUUGUAAAGUUAAUAGGUAUAGCUUUAAUUACCUCACUCUCUUUUGAAUGCUGUUUUCAGGUAAUGAUAUAAUAGACAUUCUAGCGUCUCUUAGAUUCAUUCACGUUUUCCUGAAAUUUUUAAAAUGUACUGUAUGUGAAAUAGUGGGCAAAAAUACUGCUUAUAAAAUACUGUGCAUUUAAAAAAAAUAGCACAUCUGCAGUCUUUCAGAGAGAAGUGGACUCUGUGGUUUGAGAUUUUUCACUGAUCACCUCUUCAUGUUUUGGCUGACUAUUUUGGGAAUAACAUACAGUACAACUGCUUCUCUGCCCGUUUUUUUUUUUUUUUGCAUAAUGGACACCACUAUUUCUCGCCUUUAAAACACAUUUUUGUGAGUCUUGCUUCAGCUCAAAAGCUCUAAUAAAUAUUUAUCCAAUCAGAAGUAUUCUGAGCUAUUCUUUUAGGUUUACUUCCUGUUCUUGUUGGGGAUGAACCCCAACAAGAAAUCUGCAUUUCUGUUUUUCAGAUGUGCCUGUCCUUGUUUAAUUCACCAAAAUAGCCGUGAAGACCGGCCAUUAAACACCGAUAUAUAUGAAGGAAUGUGAAAUUGGGAUACAUCAUAAAACCAAUGACUUUGUUACACUAAUUAUCCUUUACUUUCUACAAGUUAGGCAUACAAUUUUUACAUGAAAGUGAGGCUUCAUUUUUUUUGUUCAGAAAUAAAUAUAUUGCAUCUUUCAAAUUGCCAAAUAAAUCAGACGUGGGUUUGAAUUUGGCCUGGUCUUUGCAUGUAUGGAGUUUUAUACUACAUCACAAAGAAGAGUGUCUUCAUAUGAAUGUAUGUUGGGUUUUUGUUCAGAAAUGGAAUAGAUGGAAGAAUUAUCACCAUGCAGUAAUUCAAUUUUCAACACCAAGUAUUUCACUUAAUUUCACUUAAUUACUAAACAAUCAAAAGUAAUUUUUAAAUGAACCCAUACAAUACAGUGUAAACUAUUAAAAAACUUUAAACUCC